AUGGCCGAGGAAUUCCAGAACGGCCGAAGAUAUCACGCGUUCCGCGAAGACGAAUAUACCCUGGACCUUAUGGACUUACCCCACCCUAUCUAUACACUGGUCCUCGAUGGCGAAAUCCACAUUGCACACAUAAACAACCCACAAAGCUUCCUAGUCGACGGGCUCGGAAUCGGAGCUGUUGAUUUUGCAGGGCUGACAAUUCGUGUUCCAGGGAAUAAUCUCAGUCCUAUACAACCAAAGUGGGUCCCGCUAAACUGUCAAUUUGAGAUUGAUGACUUUGAAUCGGAAAAGCCUUACACCCACCCGUUUGAUUACAUCCACGGUCGAGAGCUUUCUGGGUCUAUAUGCAACCUCUCUCAUCUAUAUAAACAAGCCUUCACCCAUUUGCGGCUUAGUGGAUUCUUUGAAGUUCAGAGCUUUACUAUUGAUAUCGUUUCCGACGACGGUUCGAUCGAAAAGGCACCCUAUACAAAACAAGCCCUUACGCUUCUCCAAGAAGCGAGUGCCAAAUUUGGCAAACCUAUCAUGAAAGACGCCGGCUUCACGAACGUAGUUUGCAAGAUUGUGAAAGCGCCUUCAACUUCAUGGGUUAAGGAUCCAAAGCAAAAGGAGAUCCGGAAGUUUCUUCAGGCUCACCAAAUACAUAGUGUUCCUGCGUAUACCAAUGCUUUACUAUCCAGGGUUCUAGGAUGGGACAAAACAGAGAUUGAUGUCUUGAAUAAGCAUCAUGGGAAACCUUGUCUCAUAUAUGGACGGAAACUGUAG